GAGCUGCAGUACUGCAAAGUGUGAAGGGAGAGAGAGGAGGGGAGGGGGGUACCGCACUGUCGUUACGAGUCCAAGUGGAGGAGGCAGGAGGAGAGACGCAUUAUUGCAGUAGCCUACAGUGCCACAGCGCUUUACUUCCCACAAGACGCGCAUCCGCCGUCCGCGCAGACAGAAAGCGACAGAGAGGUGGGGGUGACAGACAUCAAAGACAGACAACAAUUUUUUCAUGACUGGACUUUUUUUUGUCUCCCCAUUAAUUUUGAAAUUGCACGCAUUUGCCAGUAGCUUAUAGAAGAGGCAAGUCAGCCAAUCAGCGCUGCGUGUCCAGGAGCAGCUCAAUACGGACUCAGCAUCACUCGGAGGAGCUGCGUGCAGCCCUGAAAGGAAUAUAAACAUCCGAGGAUUUUUCCUGAAUGGAUUAUAAUUUAGAAGUACUUUACGCUCCCCUCCACUUCCUGCUCUCCUGUCCAGUCGCACAGUGAAUUAUCGCCUACGUGUCUCGGUAUAUUGCGGUACUUUGCUGACGACUCGCAGUAUAAAUGCAUCGCUAGAAGAUCGGCUCCACUGCGCAAAGACCCUCCGUCUCUGUUAACUGUUUGCGCGGCACUUUCAUCACUUUGCUAAUUGAAAUUUUGGACUUUCAUUUGGACCAGUGCCUAUAAAUUCUCCUCUUGUUUUUUUUUUCUGUGAUCUUGCUGUUUUUUUUUCUUCUCGUGUUGUACUUCAGACCCUCCCUCUCCUCCUCACAGCCCGUCACCCCUCCUCCUCCUCCGCUGUCCGUGAGUCAGUUCAAACAGCUGCAUAGAAGAUGUCUGCCCCAGAUGCUGCUGCUCCCGCUCCAGGUGGAGCCCCCGGUGCUCCAGGAGCCCCUGGUGCAGAUGGAGCCCCAGGUGGUGGACCUCCCGCCCCACCCAACACCUCCAGCAACCGCAGGCUACAGCAGACACAGGCCCAAGUUGAGGAGGUGGUGGAUAUCAUGCGGGUGAAUGUGGACAAGGUUUUGGAAAGGGACCAGAAGCUUUCAGAACUGGAUGACAGAGCGGAUGCUCUCCAAGCCGGAGCCUCCCAGUUUGAAAGCUGCGCAGCUAAGCUAAAGAACAAGUACUGGUGGAAGAACUGCAAGAUGAUGAUCAUGAUGGGUAUCAUUGGAGUCAUUGUGGUUGGAAUAAUAUUCUUGUAUUUCUUCCACUGAGCUCAGCCCAUCAAUACAGAUGGAUAGGGACUUGAGAAUGAUAUGAGAGGGAAGAGAAAAAAAAAAGAUACCCAAGCGCCACUCCUCCCCUUUUAUCCGUCCUCUCCUUCCUCUCUUCACACAGUCUUCCAUCAAUCAAACCAUCUUGCACUUAUACAUGACAGUAGUGUAUAUAGGUGUCUCCGCUCUCUUUGUGCCCCCUCCCUCCCUCGUUAUUGCUUUCUUCCACUGUUUUGAGAUUCACUCUGUCCUGUCUCUGCACCUCAUGUAUUAUUGAGGGAUGCAGCAGGCAGAGUGAAAGCGGAAGAAAGGAAGGGAAGGAGUGAGGGAGAAAAAUGUUGUGACAGGGGAACACAUGGGGCUAAGGCCUCUGAACGGAGAGAUGGGGUGGGUAAAAUGUACAAUAUACAGAUGGUGAAUGUGUGCAGGGAGAGUUUGCAGUCCUUUCUACCCAAAAUACGCCAAAGCUUGUUCAUAUUACCUUUUUUGAGAGACCUACAUUUGUAAGUUGAUACUGACAUGCCUAACUAACACCUUCUCCACAACCAUUACUGCUACUUACUAACACAAGGUCACGUUAGAUUAAGAGUAGGAACAUUUUUGUUGUAUGUGUGUGUGUUUGUGAUCCAAAGUAUUGUAGCCAAUAGCUUUUUCUGAGUCUCGCGGAUAGGCUUUUAUGAGUAACUUUUUUGUUUCCUUUCCUGCCUAACUUUCUGCAACAUUCAGCAAUGACAACAAAAGGAAGAAAUUUGAAAAAGGGGAAGAGACUGUGUGAGAGUAUACGGAAAGGAAGAAGUGAUUCAGGGAAAAUAGUACCAAUUUUUCCCAUGUAUAAUUAAGACAAACUUCAAAUCCUGGACAGAUAAGAAAUUAUUUAUAAAGUAGAACUAUGCUUAAUUUACCGUGGUUUUUGUGCCACAGGUGGAGGCAUAGUUGUAUUGUUAUGCUUAGUGGCAUCGUAACAUGCACGUCGAGACAAGCAGCCACUAACAGACAAUCUACCGAACACAUGAACUGACCCAGAGGAAGGUCUCCUAACUCUGACUCAGACAGAGUCACAGCCAUAGACGGAUGAAUGUGAAAUGUCACAUUUAAAAAAAAAAAAAAAGAAAAAAAAGAAAGAAAAACAGAUACAAAUGCCAACUUGUUUUCGAAGUUGUGCAGACAAAGUGUUUGAGUGUUUAAGUUGAUGUUAUAUUUAAAAAGCAGGAAAAUGGGAGAAAGGACAUGAUUUAGAAACCCAGAACCACCUGCCCCCUACCCCUCUAAUCCUCCCCUCACUCACAUUAAAACAGACUCACCUGAAGUAAAUGCAAAAUGAGGUGUUUCUUUCUAACUUGCAUGGCAAACCGUGUCCCUAGUUUUGCCUAUUUGUGUGAUCUGUGUAUCUGCCAUCUCUGAAUCUAACUGCCGAUUGUACAUUUUUUUGUUAGUGGUUUAAAGGACCUGUGUAUAAUGUCUUUAUGAUCUGAUAAUCACUGCUUAUGCAAUGCAAUGAUGCUCAAAAGUUUGCCAAAUUUUAUUAAUUUCAAUUGCUUUUGAGAUAAAAAAAAUAAUAUUCAGAGACUGCAAACAAAUGCUAAUAUAGUGACCUGUUUAAAAAAACAUGUAGUAUUGAAUGGAAAGAACAUUAGUGCACAUUGUCAGAUAAUGCUCCUGAAAAUGUGUUUAGAAAUUCUUUCAGGGUUUUUUUGGGGGUGGCGGGGGUUGUUGUUGAAUAUAGAGAAAAGCUAAUUUCCUUCUAUUGGGACUGAUUUUGACAGUUGAUAAAAUUAAGAUGCAUAAUUGUAGCAGUUAUAAUUAUCUGAUGAUAUUGUACAACAGUAUCAUGAGGUAAUCAUCACAUGAGAUAUGAGUACAUGUUUUGUGAUUUACAACCUAAAAAUGCAGUAAGAUGAUGCAACUGGAUUUGCGAAAACAAAUGCAUGCUUACCACUUUUGCUGAUGCCAAUAAAGAAAUCAUCAACA